AUGGAAUCUGUUAAUGAGCAGGAAGAUAUCCAUCGAGAAGAUUUUUUCGAUGAUCCCAACUAUGAGUCUAAGAUUGUAUGGGUCAACCAAAUUUUGAGGGUUAUUCCCAAGUUUAACUCAGCUGUGUUUGAUUCUCCUAAAGAAGAGAUGAAGGCUCAUCUUAAGCCUUUGCUGUUAACCUUGAUGAUCGAAGGGCAUGAGGUAAACAAGGUUCUGGUUGAUGGAGGAGCAGCCAUAAACAUACUUUCGAAGACUAUGCUGAAAAGGUUUGGAAAGACCACCGCUGAUUUAAGGCCCCACAACAUACUUAUCUUAGAUUAUGCAGGGAAGUCAUCACAACCCGAGGGCAUGAUUUUGCUUGAUGUACAGAUAGGUAGUGUGAAAAGAACUACAAUGUUCAUAGUCACUCCAUCGAAGGCGAAUUUCAAUGUCUUGCUGGGACGUGAGUGGAUUCAUGGAGUAGGAGUUGUUCCUUCGACUGUUCAUCAAAAGAUGACCUUUCGAUGCGCAUAA